UUGGAGGUGUUCUCUUGAGUCAUCGGUCUCCCUCUGCAACUGUUCAAGGAGACAGUCUGGAGUUGGAAGUGCCCCCGGUGUCUGGACCUCAAGAUGGACGCGGAACGUGACGGGCAUCUGCUGAACCAGCCUAGACGGAGAAGGCGGAAGGCCACCAGGAGGCGGUUGCGCGACAGAGCUCCCAUCAGUGCGCAUCUCGUCCUGGAUCAGCACUUCCGCGGUGAUGUAGGAAUACUGUCUGAUGACCUGGUGACGGAUCUAUUCCCAGGCUUGGAUCUGGCCGAGGCUGGCAUGGACCCGCAGAAACAGCAGCAGAUCCUUCACGUGGCCAUAUCGCCUUAUACACCUAACUAUUCUGCCAUCGAGGAUAUCCCAUGGACGAUUAUUCCAGUGCGAAUCCAAUCCACGGAGCGAUCGCAGACCGCGCCGGUCUCGCAUUCAACCGUCUUGUUCCCCGCAUCCGCAAGCUCACUGCAGUCAUUUGCUCAUGCGUUGGAGGUGCUGGAUCCGACGCGGCAUUUUGUACAUUCGCGACCUAUCGAGAUUCGCAUCCUCGAUGUCGUUCCGUUGCACCUCGAUACGGUGUACGUUACAGUGGAGCGGAAUAUGCUCCGGGCUCUCGAUGAUGUCCAGAGUAAGUUCGGAGGAGGAUUCGAUACCAACGCAUACGGCGUCAACGGGAUCUGGAAUAAAGGUGGAAAGGCCCUGGAUGUGAAGAAGAGGUACACGAAGAAGGCAGCUGCUGAGGCGGAGGAACGGCUUACAGCGGCUGUUCGUGAGGCUCUAUCAACGCAAAAGAUACUCCAUACUGGAGAUAUAUUGCCUCUUCCGCUCCCUUCCCACCCAAUAACCCAUACACCACCCCCGCCUGCGAAGAUCUCGUUCUGUGAACCGGUAUCCCAAGGUCUACUGUUGCCGAAGACCAAGAUCGUCUUGGUGCAGGCGCGGCGCCACGAGCGAUCGCAAAAGCUUUCCGGGUCCGGUCUACUGAAGGACACGCCUGUUGAAGAAGCAGAGGACACGUCGAAUGAGCAGUUCUACUCUGCAGCAGAGGACAAACAAACCGAGAGUGGCACAGAAAUGGAGAGCACGUCUCCUCCUGACGACUCGGAAACAGAAGGCUCUGUUGGCGGCGCAAGCGACUCCUCGGAAGAUUCUCUUGAAGACAUGAUCUCUCUCUCAGCACCACAAUUGCCGCAACAGCCUUCUGGCACGUUGUCCGCCAUGACAUCCGCCACUCCACGCCCGGGGAUGCGCUUCACUGAUGGGGUUCAUACUCCUAAUUCUGUGAUGUCCAGCUUCACAUCAGGGACAAUGCGCCCCGGUCAUGGCGGUGGAAAAGUAUUCAGGGCCGAAUGCUUGCUUAAUCGUAUACCAAAUGAAGCCUUACAUCCCAGACCCCGGGAAGAUGAUGAUACCGAUUCCUUCGUCUUCGUGGACAUUAGCACUCUCGUCAAGAUUGGCUGCUUCUCCGGAGACUGGAUCAGAGUCGAGGCUUCUGAGGAGCCGCAGCUGAAUAUGUUUGCCUCCUUGAAAUUCGGAAGUCUUGGUGACCAGGAGGAGGAAGCAGGCAACUGGCGCGUUGUCAAAGUGUUUGGCCUUCCCGGACUCCCCUCUCCUAAGCCUCGGUAUGCGAUGCACCAUUCAGGUGACCGAGGAACUAGCAUCGCCCAUUUUCCCUCGCGGGGCCUUACACCGACCGUGUUCGUUCCGCCGGUACUGCUAUACAAUCUGGAGAAUCCGAAGUACCUUAGGCUUUCACGACUAGCAGGCUCUCACCCUCACGGGGCCACGCGACCUGGCUUAACGCAGUCCAGGGCCAGCGUACCAAAAGCUCCACCAGUCGCCAAGGAGGUCACCUUGCUUAAGAUAUCUACACCACUGUCGAUGGAUCGUGCCUUGCAGCCGGCCUUGUUUGCGGGGCUAAAACGUUACUUUGAAACAAAACGGAGACUCCUGAAGAGUGGCGAUCUCAUUGGGAUCACAGUUGACGAAGGUCUAGGGAGAACCGUUUUCUCGGCUACUAAGAAUGCAGACGGUGGUAACCUGGAGGAUGAUCUUACGGCUAAGUUGGGAUACACGCCGGAAGCUCACCAGCCCGACGCGGGUGCAAGAAAGGUUGGUGUGGCAUGGCUACGCGUAGGACAAGUUGUCCCUGCGAGUUCGGAAGAACAGGAAGAUGGUGAAGAUUGGGGAGGGGUUGCGGCGAUUGAUUCAUCCAGCACCAGGAUGGUUCAAGCGGGAAGUGAGACCAGCAGGGUACCCGGCACGCUUGACAAUGCCUGGGAAUACUGGCUUGGAGUGAAGCCUAUCCCUAAGUCAAGUGGCCGCCUCCCUACAUCUCAUGGUCUGGUUACGGAGGUCCCCAAAGCAUUCAUCCCUGUUCUGCAGCAACGAAUGCGCGACUUGAUGGCUGCUGCGACUAGCCCCCGUGCCAUUCAACUGGGAAUGAAGCCGGUCGUGAUCCUCCUCACAUCCACCCAGAGAAACAUCGGAAAAGCGACCAUUGCAAGUCGAGCUUGCGCUGAUAUCGGUCUCCACACGUUCACGAUAGAUGCCUAUGACAUUUUGACGGAAGGCGGUGCGAACGGCGGGGAUGUCAAGACAGAAGCAUAUCUGAAGGCGAGGGCGGAACGGGCAUUCACCUGCGGCGCAAAUUGCACGGCGCUUCUGAUCAGACAUAUCGAGGUCUUGACUGCCGACAGAAUGGUAACUGCGAUGAAGGAAAUCGUUGCUGAUUCGAGGGUUCUCAUUGCAACUACCACCGAUGUCGAGAAGAUCCCAGAAGGAAUACGCAGUCUCUUUACGCAUGAGCUCGAGAUGACUGCGCCGGAAGAGAAAGAGAGAGAAGGCAUCCUUCGAAAUGCGGUUGCUGAUCGCGGCAUUCAGAUUUCCCCCGACGUUGACCUCGCCUCAGUUGCUGUGAAGACGGCCGCGCUUGUCGCUGGAGACUUAGUGGAUGUCGUAGAAAGAGCGUCGGCUUCUAGGACUGCUCGAUUGGAGGACUUAGUCCAGUCAGCAACCAAGCAGGAUCCGUCAUCGAUAGUGGGCCCUAGGGAUAUAGUUGUCUCCGGCGGCGAUGCUGCGCGAUGCGUGACCAAGGCUGAUUUCGACACUGCUGUUGAUGCGGCCAGGAAGAACUUUGCUGAUGCUAUUGGAGCUCCUAAGAUUCCGAACGUUACCUGGGACGAUGUUGGAGGACUGACCAAUAUCAAAGAUGCUGUGAUGGAAACAAUCCAGCUGCCACUGGAGCGCCCAGAGCUGUUCGCCAAGGGCAUGAAGAAGCGUAGUGGUAUUCUCUUCUACGGUCCUCCUGGUACUGGAAAGACCCUCCUGGCGAAAGCUAUCGCCACUGAGUUCUCGUUGAACUUCUUCUCAGUCAAGGGCCCCGAACUGCUCAACAUGUACAUCGGUGAAUCCGAAGCGAAUGUGCGACGCGUGUUCCAGCGUGCACGGGACGCUCGUCCUUGCGUCGUCUUCUUCGAUGAGCUGGACUCUGUAGCUCCCAAGCGAGGCAACCAGGGUGAUAGUGGUGGUGUGAUGGACCGCAUUGUCAGUCAGCUACUCGCUGAAUUGGACGGCAUGAGUGGUGGUGACGAGGGCGGCGGUGGUGUCUUCGUGAUCGGUGCGACCAACCGACCGGAUCUGCUUGAUGCUGCGCUCCUGCGACCCGGACGAUUCGACAAGAUGUUGUAUUUGGGUGUGUCAGACACUCACGACAAGCAAGCCACUAUUCUGGAGGCUCUUACCCGGAAAUUCAACCUCCACCCGGACGUGUCUCUCUCCCGUGUUGCAGAACGGUUGCCUUUCACCUAUACAGGUGCAGAUCUCUACGCGCUUUGUUCCGAUGCUAUGCUCAAGGCCAUCACUCGACAAGCCACUGCCGUUGAUGAGAAGAUCAAAGCCCUCCCUGGUGGCCCCGUAAGUACGGCAUACUUCUUCGACCACCUUGCUACGCCAGAGGAUGUGGCGGUGAUGGUGACCGAGGAGGACUUCAUUGAGGCACAGAAUGAGCUCGUGCCUAGUGUGAGCGCCAAGGAACUGGAGCACUUUGAGCGGGUCCGCCGCAUGUUCGAGUCCACGGAUGUACAGAAGAAAGACUCCGCCGUAGCUGCACAGCCCUCAAAGAUCCCCCCUCGAACGAUUGCAGAUGCUGUGGAUGGUCUCAGCACGGGCGAUGAGAUAUCUGAAAGCGGUACUGUAGUGAACGGCGCUUACGCAGAAAACAGGGGCAGCAAAGGCAAGGGACGAUACCCUUUGUUCCCUAUGCGUAGCAUGAGCGACAAUCUUUCCAUCCGAAGCAAGGGAAAGAAUAGCGUCAGUGGAAAAGGGAAAGGGAAACACCUGUCCGUAGGAGCAGGCGAUUCGGACUCGUCUCUUGACAGCCCGGGACCGGGACUUGCUAAUGGCGCCUCCUUCCCACGCUCCUACGACGAUGUUGGGGAAGAUGACGACCCUACCUCAGACGGGGUCCGCGGUGAAGACCAGGACGAUUACGUUGUCCGGACGGAUCAUUUAAAGACUAACGGUGAUGAUGUUGAUUGAAUGCCAUCAGCCCGCCAA